CAUAGACGUCAUUAAAACUCACAUUCAUUCAUUUUCAUUAUCCCAGUGAAUAUUUAUAUUGCCCUUUCCCCAGCAGCCACGUCAAAACAACCCCGCCCCACUUUUAAAAAAAUGAAAACGAAGUAACACAAAAAGAUACAAACGUUGAACGUCCUGUCUUACACGAGAUUGUUAAACCCUAACAGCGGCCAUUGAUAAACCCUUCCAAAUCCAUGCUCAUUUUAAAACCCCUGACGUCCUUGCUAAUCAUUCCUGUUAAAAACCUUUUUAGUCAUUCUUAUCUCAUUCCAAGUAAAAUUUCUAUUAUUUACCUUGCUGUGGAACCGAAAAAUUGAGCUGAAAUGCCUCUUCAAAACUUGAAAGAUGUCUUCACUGCAUUUAGUCCUUCAGCAGAUUUUCUCGCCAUUACUACAGGCGAUGGGCGCAUCAAGAUAUGGGACACAGUAAAUGGUCAGAUGCAGAGUGAGUUUUCUGACAUUGCAGCUUCAAAUCUUGGCACAUCUAAUGGCCACCUGUCUGUUGAUUAUUCCUGCAUGAAAUGGAGUCCAAACAUGGGAAAAAAGAAAAAGAAAGGGAAAAAAUCAUUACUGGUUUUAGGUACUGGCGUGGGUGAUGUUUUAGCUCUAGACCCUAUGUUGGGCGAGGUCAAAUGGAGAUGCAGUGACUGUCAUCCUGGGGGCACAAUGGCCAUCUCCUUUGCAAGUAAUGGACGUGUUGUAUAUACUACUGGGGUUGAUGGCAUGGUAUGCGAGUUGGAUUCAGAAACAGGGAAUCUCUUAGAAAAAUUCAGAGCUUCAAAAAAGGCAAUUUCUUGUUUGGCAGUCUCUUCUGAUGGAAGAAGCUUGGCUACAGCAGGUGCAGAAUUGAAACAUUUUAGUUUGCCAGAUAAAAAGAAGUUGCAGAAAUUUACAGGGCAUCCAAAUUCUGUGAGGGUUAUGAUGUUUGCAACAAGUGGGAAGCAUAUAAUUUCUUCUGCAGCUGGUGAGAGGCAUGUUGCUGUAUGGAAAUGUGAUGGUAGUAAGGAAUCCAGGGCUGCUGCUUGUGUUCUUUCAAUGGAGCAGCCGGCUGUUGCCUUGGACUGCAAAGCUUUUGGAGACGAUGGUGAAGGUCUAAGUGUUCUUGCUGUUUCAGAGUCAGGUGUUGCUUACAUCUGGCACAGUGAGAGUGUAGAAGAGUUGACCUCAGCAAAACCAAGUAAAGUUACAGUGUCUUUAGGCAAAGAGGACAGCUCUAUUUCAAAGUCUUUGAGAAAGAGUAAGCCUUGUGUUUUUGCAGCAAAACUACAAGGUAUUGGAAGUGAUAGCUCUUUAGCAGUUCUAGUUGCAUAUGGUAACUUAGUAAAGCCAAGUUUUGAGAGGUUGGAGGUCAUGAAGAAAGGCAAGGACAUUAUUUUGAGUGCUUCUGAGAGUGGAAUGUUAUUGGCUGCCCCACAUGAUAAGAGUCCUGCAACGAUUGAAGGUCAACAAAAUGGAGUCACCGCAUUAGGUCCUGCCAAUGCAGAAGAUGCCAUCUUCCCAAUACCAAGAGUUGAGAUUGCAGAUGAUGAAAAGCACAAGACAAAAUAUGGAAAAAAGCGAAGGGCAAGUGAUAUUGAGGCAAUACCAAAUGAAGUUGGCGAUGAUCUGAUGAAAAUAGACAGACCAGCAGAUGGCAAUACAGAAGUUGUGGAGGAUGAUAAUGAACCAACAAUGGAAGAAAAACUCAUGCAACUAGGGAUUAUAGAGAAGGAGAAAGAAGAUGAUCCAAGCCAGCCAAGUCAUGCUUUGACCCCAAUACCACCUAAUGCAGAUUCUGUUGUUGUUCUUUUGAGACAGGCAUUGAGAAGUAAUGAUAUGAUAUUAUUGGCACAAUGCUUGGAUGUGCGAGAUCCUAUGGUUAGAAGGAACUCAGUUUAUUCUCUUAGUUCUGCCGAUGCUCUAAAGCUUUUCAAAAGUAUGGUUCACAGGUUAAAAUCUGGGCCAAGGAGGGCACCGUAUCUUCUGCCUUGGAUAAAAUUAGUACUUCUACGACAUGCCAGCUCUAUAAUGUCUGACGAGUCUUCUAUAAGUUUUCUCAAUACCCUUUACCAGAUGAUAGAAUCACGGGUCUCUGUAUUUUGGCCACUGCUUCAGCUGUCUGGUCGUUUAGAUUUAAUUAAUGAACAGAUAUCACCGGAUAUGGGGGAUGAAGCUCCUGAAGUUGAGCCAGCUUUAGUGUAUGUGGAUGAAAGUGAAGAAGAAGAUGAAGAAGAGCUAGUGGAUGAAGCAGCAGACAUGAGUGCAGAUGAAAGUGAUGAUGGCAGCCUGGAAGACGUAGUAACACUUGAUCAAGUCGUUGACAAUGGAAUGAUGAAUGCAGGAAGUGGAAGAGAUUCUGACGAGGAUUUGUAAAAUAUUUUGUUUUUUAUUGUAAAAUAAUUUUGGUAUUUUGACAACUUAUGUCAUGCGGUAUGGUAUUGUAGAUUAAAUUUAUGAGUUUUCUUGAAUGAGGUAAAUUGCUUCUUUGUUUGGAUUA